AUGUCGUCCUCUGGGUGCUCUGUGAUAUUUUCGAUGCUCGUCGUGGGAAUUAUUCUGAAAGUCCAGUUAAAACUUACGGGGAACGGUCAGAAUGACGAUUUCGUCAUCUUUGAUUAUGACGGAGGCUUUGCGAUAUCCGUUGUCCAGAAGAAGUAUACGGUCACCCCAGUAACGGCAAGCACACCUUGCCCAGCAUAUAAACAGACCACUGGCAAGCAGUAUGCUGGAAGCUGUGGGUCCGUUCCAAACAACAAUCGCAUGAUGGGUUCUAUCAGCUGUCUUCACAUAUUCGACCAAGUCCUCACGACGGCUGACUUGAAUACUUUUGGCACCAACUGCUUGAACCAGGACUAUUCUGCUUUACCUCCGCCGAUCACAACAACGCCUUCAACAACACCACCAACAACAACCGAGGCAAUAACAACGUCAACAACAACAGAGGCAACAACAAGGUCAACAACAACAGAGGCAACAACAACAACUGAAGCAGUGACAACAACUAGAACAACGGAGGCAACAACAACAACCACAAUAGCAGAGGCAACAACGACAACAACCGAGAUUACAACAACCCAGCCUGUUUCAACAACCACAUCUGGGGCAACGGCAGUGGGCACCACAACAAGUGCUGGGGGAUCUGCAGCUGCAACGACAUCGGCAGUUACAACAAAUCAACCUGUUACGUCAGCAGCAGUAACAACAAAUCAGCCUGUUACGUCAGCAGCAGUGACAACGGGCGUGCCUGCUACAGCAGCUAGUGGCCCCACAUCUGACAGUACUGUGUGCCCGGAGGGCUGGUCUUACGGCUUCCAUGGCAGUUGCUACAAGUUUAUAUUCGGUGAGUCCCACACGUGGGAUUAUAGGCGACAGUGUGUUGACAGCGGGGGGUAUCUGAAUGUCAUCAACGCACAAGAAGAAAAGGAUCAUGUCAACGAUAUUAUUACGUUCAACAGUACAGCUUCCUCAGCAAACGUAUUGUGUGGGCUGUUUGAUCCAUCUUACAGCCUCGACUUCACUGCUGCAGAUGGUUCCUUUCUUAAGUACACCAACUGGGAUAGCGGAAAUCCGAAAACGGCGCCGAAAGUGAAAGUAGUUUAUAAAAUGCUUGCUAACUGGACGCAAGUUAAUACACAACUGACUUCCAAUGCCGGGUCAGCUCUUUGUGAGACGAGUUACGGUUUCGAUGGCUGUUACACCAAGCCGUCGUCCUACCAGGCAAAAGUUUUGCACCCAAGGCUCAUGAACAGUUUACUGUGCAUAGAAUACUGCAGAGGGAAUGACUUGCCUUACGCCGCAGUAUCCAAUGAUGAAUGCCUGUGUGUGGAUACCAAACCCACCGGAAGCCAGUCCUCCAGCGCAUGCUCUCUGGGGUGCCCGUACAACCCUAUGCAACACUGUGGCGGAACAAACGUGGCCAAUGUGUACCUGAUAGGUUACUAUUAUCACCGUGCACCGUCGUGUGUGGCUUUAGCAUCGCAGGGGGUCCUUUUGGAAGGAUAUUAUUGGAUUAGCGAAGCAGAAGGGGCCGCAUCUAGAAAAGUGCAGUGCAACCCUACAGCUCCGUGUCACACUCCAUUGAUCCACACCUACUCGAGUACCGUCACCAUCACACAUUCCAACUCAACCGACAACAAUUGUACAGCUGAGAACAUAUUCCUGUAUGGCCCAAGUGGCUGCUAUUUUGCCAAUGAAGACACCGAGCCUUGGGUCCAAGUAUCCUUUGAUCAGUUGUAUAUUAUAACUGGCGUGGCAACUCAAGGAUCGAAUGACCCGGAUAAUCAACAGUGGGUUAGGAACUAUGCUCUAGAAUACAGUGAGAAUGGCGUAAACUGGACACAGUAUGAAAAUGGAACACAGUUGACUGGUAAUUCAAAUUUCAAUGCAGUCGUUCUAAACACACUGACAUAUCCGAUCCUAGCGCAGUAUGUGCGGAUGUAUCCUUCUAGGUCGACAUGUGAAAACAAUUGCAGUCUCCGCCUUGAGUUGAACGGCUGCAAGUACAGCAGUUUUGACCACUCUCUGCAGUAUGUUGGGUGUGUCAUAGAAACUACAGAUCCCAAUGGACAAGUUAUGGUCCACAGCGCUUCAACGAGCUGCCAGUUGCCGUCGGAUUGUAUAGAUCUGUGCAGGACGGCGGGGUUCUUGUAUGCUGGCCUACAGGGAGCCAACUGCAGCUGUGCAAAUGAAAUUAGAACAUACGGGUAUGCAGCAAGUUCUCAUUGCGACAUAGUGUGUACAGGCGAUUCCAAACAGCGUUGUGGCGGAGACAAUCGAUACUCAGUGUGGCGAACUUGGGAGGUUCGUUGUCCCGAAGUGCCCUCUGUCGGCAACGCAACCGCGUCCAGUACGAGCCGCAACCACAACUCGCAGGUGACUUAUUCUUGCCUACCUGGCUACGUUUGGCCAACUGGAACCCUAGAGGCAGAGAAAACGAUUACUUGUACGUUUAACAACUGGACUGCGCCUCCACCCGAUUGUGAAGCCAUCCACUGUACGUCCGCUCUCCCGACAGCGGCCAACACCACGCUCAGCGUCGUUGGGGAUGACGAGGUGGGCGCUGUGGCGACCUACUCGUGUCUACAGCACUACCAAUUCCCUGGCGGUUCUACGACGAAGACGGUGUCCUGUUUGACCACGGGUCAGUGGUCCGCUGCCUCAGUGUCCGCAUGUGAAAUGAUCUUGUGCCCAGCAAUAUCAAGCAGCCUGGUCAAUGCGAUGGUUAACUCCACUGACCGCGAGGUGGGGUCAGCUGUGGAGUACCAGUGCACCAACAAUGCCACCUUCGGGGACGGAGGUACCAAGAGAGUGCGGCUGUGCUUGGACAGUGGGCAGUGGGAUGGAGUGGAAGAGGACUGUGGUAAGGUUUUUGGUCGCCAAUUUGAAACUGGUGGCCAUUUUGGAUAUUUCGAAGAAGGUUUUCAUGUUCAGUUUCUGAUAUCACAUAGUGAUAAAGAUAUAGUGUAGUUGUCGCUGUCUAACUUAGUGCUGUGCUUAUUCAUCGUGGCGGGUGAUAAUAGAUUUUCACCAUUCCCAGCGUAAUCCCGCAUUGUAGCACUGUAACCAUGGUAAACAACAUGUGUGAACAACGAUGGGAAUGGAUAUACAUACUGCAUUGGUACAUGUACAUGGUAAUCACUAAGUUAAGCCCUACGUCACACAGAUAUUGCAAACGCGCAUUUUUUAUUGCAAUUGGCAUGUGUGUGACGCAUCACUUGGCAUUUUUGAGAUAAUUAAAAAGAACAUUUCAGCGUAGACACGUUUAUCUCGUGUCCUCCUUGAAAUAAAAGUACAAGGUAAGUCAUUCUUUGCACUGAAUAAUUUUCAGUAACUUCAAUAUUCUUCUUAUUUUUUUUAUGCCAUGAUUUAUUUGUCCAUAUAUCUUUUUUGCGUUCUUAUCCAAAUAUUUCUCCUUUUAUCCUUACUUUUUCAUCUUUUUAUGGAUGGGUUCAAUUAUUUAUUAAAUAUGGUGAAGUGUUGAAUUGCAUGAAAGAAUGGUUCAAAGAAUACACAGAUGUAUGUUAUAGAGACCAAUUGUAGGUACCGUUGGAUGUCUUGCGUGAUUGUGUGAUUCUUUUCAUGUCAUAAUGUUAAUGUUCGGUGCUAGACUACGUGUAGAGCCCAAAAGCAUUUUGACGUGUAUGUGACGUUUGGGCAGAGUGUGACGUUUGUACAGACUGUGUCGUGUGUGUGACGUUUGUAUUGUGUCGUGUAUGUGACGUUUGUAUAGACUGUGGCGUUUGUAGAAACUGACGUGUACGUGACGUUUGUACAGGCUGUGACGUGUAUGUGACGUUUGUACAGGUUGUGACGUGUAUGUGACGUUUGUACAGGUUGUGACGUGUGUGUGACGUUUGUACAGGAUGUGACGUUUAUGUGACGUUUGUAUAGACUGCGGCGUGGGUGGAUGUUCAGAUUGUGUGGGGAAAACGUCUACUUGUGUCACAGAUGGAAAUAAAAAAAACAAAAACAGAAGAAAAACAGACAAACUAUCGCUAUUUUGACAAAAGCAUUUAUACUGAAACGUACAUUUAGAAAGAAAACUUUUUAGUAAUGCAUACCCUCAUAUUGUGGCAUUGGUACCAUUACUAAGAAAAAUCUAUUUCUAAGCAAAAUGCUGCCGGCUGAAAAAGACUGGAGACAUGUUAGAAGUUUAUCACCAUUUCUCUUUUCCAGUGAACUUAUCAGAAUAUUGAUUACUAACUUUGACCACAUGAACAAACAUAUUUUGGCAAAAUCAAAAAAAAAAAUCUUACAUCGUUCUAUGAACAAAAUUGAUUUAAUUGCUUUUUUAAAGCUGUUGAAAUGAUAUUUUGUAGCAUUAUAUAAAACCCUGUAUAAUUCCAGUAAGCAAAUAACGGGGGUAAUCUUAAGCAUAUUACAUACAAAGUUUAAGAUGUUUCAUCAUUACAAAAGUUAAUACCUUUAAGCAAAAACGGAUCUCUAUAAAUUUCGAUGAUAAAUAAGUUCGAUCAUUUGCGUACUGGGCUUUCCUUUGUAUCAAGUGUAAACAUCAGGGUGGACAGUGGUUAUUUGUUUGGGGGAGGGGGGUAAGAGAGGGGUACUUUCCAGAUGCUGCUUGCUUGCUGACCCCGGCAACGACCUGCGAGGCCAGUUUAUCCGUCAGAGGGUCAGAGUUGUGAGUCAUGUCCAUCCCAGCAGUGGUUUUGCAGAUCACACCUGGAAAGAUGACUAAGUAUAUAUGGAUGACGAAUUUAACGAGACCUUAUUGGUACACCUUGAUAAUUAUAAUGUCUUGACAUAAGCCAUGACAGGGUACAAUCAAUUAUGCAUGUACAGGAAUGGUAGUGCUAGGAAUGGAAGUCCGGGUUCACAUAUGGUUAGUACAGAUAAGGGUUAGUCGGAUUUCUUUGGUUAGUAUACAUGUAUGAGAUGAAUGUCACCUGUACAAAGUAAUGGAAACGGACUACGGUUCCUUGCGGACUAAUGGUAUCAUUCCUGUCACACCGGUAAAGGCCACUGCGGUUUGGUAUUAUCUAUAGCAGCAAACGCACUACAAGGACCAAUAAAAUGGAGAAUUAUUCUAAGAAACGAUCAAAAAAAUCCAGGAGCUAAGGAUAAGCUCGCCAGGACUUAAGUACUGUUGACUCAACAGAAAAGAAAGACCGAUUACUGCUGUUGGGUGUUAUUCCAUUGUGUUACUACUGUACAGCAGCAGAACAAUGCGAAGCGUUGUCAUCGCCAUUGACAUACCCGG